UAGAAUUGGUCAUUCCCACUUGGUGUCAGACCCUGCUGCUGGCUGGCGGUAAGGUCCGAUCGCCUCUCUCCUCUUCUUCCACUUCUGUUCAGUUCUGUGGCAGGUUUUAAGCUACUUCGGUCGUGGAAGUGGCUGCAUAUUUUUUUUCUUUCGAUUCAAGGUAAGAUACAAGAAAACUGGCAGACGUCAAAAUGAAGGCGGUGGUGGCAGCAUUUUUGGCAGUUCUGUGGGUGAUGUGCAGCGCCAGCAGUGGAGCCAAGAUUACCCGAACAGCCACCAUUCCAUUGACGGGCCCAGAUGCCAGGGAAGCUGCUAUCGAGAACAGCCUACAGCAGAUACUGGCUAAGCUGGACGAGAAUCACAACGACCUGGAACAGUCCCUCAGGGAUGUUCUCCGCGUGUCGAGGAGGACGCAGCGCGAGGUUGCCGACCUGCAGCAGGACAUGGAACUCCUCUUAGGCCAGAUGUACAAGCCCUCCUGUCAGGAAAUAGCCCAGGAACAACACGACGGCGUGCCGGGCAAGACCAACGACGCCUCCAUCGGGGUGUUCAUCGUCAAGCCGCCAAAAUACAGACCGACAGAAGUACGAUGCGAAAUCGAACGAGGAGCCGUGGGGUGGACGGUAAUGUUAUCCAGAAUUAAUGGAAGAGAAGCCUUCAACAGGACUUAUAAGGAGUAUCAAGAAGGCUUUGGUGACCCCAAUGGAGAAUACUGGAUUGGUAACGAUUUCCUGCAUAAACUAACAACAUGGAGACCCCAUCAAUUACGGGUGGUCAUGGAAGAUUGGGAUGGACAGAAGACCUGGGUUCAGUACAAUCUCUUCAGGGUUGCUGGCGCCGACGAAAACUACAAGCUCACCGUUGGGGAAUUCGAGGCCGAUAGCGCAGCUGGCGACGGCUUCAACAUUCACGAUGGAAUGAGGUUCUCCACCUACGACAAAGAUGAUGAUACCAAUACAGAUGGUAACUGUGCCCUACUGUUCGGCGGAGGAGGCGGUUGGUGGUACAAUAACUGCUACCACGUCCUUCCUACGGGCAAGUACCGCUCUUCCGGAGGCACCGAGUACGGCGGAGUCGCUUGGUACCCCUGGAGAAACGUCAAGCACUCCCUCAAGGGGAUCACCCUCCUCCUGCGCCGAAAUUCACCCUAAUUCACUUUCAGCUCUCAGCGUAAAGAAAGCUUUGGCGCUUUGGAAAGUCUCUGAAAGACAUGUCAGGGACUUUGCAAGAAGUAAUUCAUGUCGUGCAAAAGAUGAAGCAUAUGAAUUAAAGUGAUAAGGCACUCACAGUGAUGUUCUGAUUUUCUGGCUUUGUAAGUAGCUGCAACGUCGCCAUCUAGCAGAUGCAGACGGCAGAUCUUCAGUUUGUGGUUCUAUUUUGUCAGAAUUCUAAGGACCCUGUUCUUGAAAUAAAGCACACAGCGUCAACGAGAAAA